AUGGGAAAGAUAUACAAGGGAUUCCAUGGGAAAAGCUUAACUACAGCUAUAGAAGUACCGCGAAACUCGAUUGAAUCAGAGUGUUUGGAAGUGCAGAAGGGGAAGGCCAUCUAUGACUUCCAAUUCAACACAAGGCUUCUUGACCGCUUCCUUGUGAGGAGGACCGACAGCAAUUUCAAUGCCAUGAUACUGAAGCACUUGUUCAUGAGCAAGGAAGGUAAAAUUGCCGUGGUAGUAGGAAUUGUAACCGAUGAUAUCAGAGUGUAUGAAGUUCCUGCAUUGACUGCACUCAGGUUUACAAAGACUGCACGUGCUAGAAUAGAGAAGGCCGAUGGUGAAUGCUUGACAUUUGAUUAG